GACAAUUUAAAACAUACACAUAAAGGGACUAUAGCUCAAAUUUCAAAAUGACAGUUUGUCGUUUUUCGAAUUUACAUAAAAGAAAGUCGAAAAAUGCACUUCUGGUUUCUCUGGCUUACCCUACUUCGAUUCAUGGUCAGGGCGGAUCACGGUGUCAUUUCCGAUGUUAGCGAUGAAACCUUCGAGUUCCUGAUCUCUGGCGGCUAUAAGUCGCACGAAAACAGAUGGAGCCGCCACGUGGUCUCCAUCAGGACGAUCAACUAUAUAAAGUCCACCGGUGACAAUCACUUUUGCGCCGGUAUCCUAAUUAGCAGCCGAGCCGUGCUAACCGCCGCCCACUGUCUGACGGACCAGUACAAGGCCACACUGAAACCGCGUGGCAUUCAGGUGGUAUUCGGUCACCUUAACCGCCUGGACAACUAUAAUAUCAAGUCCGACAGCCGGACAGCAGAUCGCCUGAUGGUGCAUCCGGAUUACGAGCGCUACAAGAAGCACGAUCUGGCCAUCAUCCGGCUCCAUCAGCGAAUCCCCAGAUACAAUCCCGACGUGCAGCCAAUCAUGAUACGCAGAGUGGCAAACUUGACCAUUAACAAUACUUGUGUUACCAUGGGCUGGGGUCAGCUGUAUCAGCAUGGACCGUACUCGGAUGAAAUUCUUUUUCUGAACGUUCUGGUUAGUCCGCCGUCAGAAUGCCAAAAUAUAUUGGAUACGUACACUGAGGGGGACAUAUGUGUGCAUCCCGAUACCAAGGGUAAGAUGUGCGCCGGUGACAUGGGCGGACCUCUUAUAUGUCAGGGAGCUCUCGCUGGAGUCAUUGCCGGAACUCUAGGCUGUGCUGAGGGCCAGGCCAUGAAGUUUGUUAGCUUUCUGCGCUACAAAGGUUGGGUCGAGAAGACAGUUUUACAAUUCAGAAAUGGUGGCGGUACGUUCUCCAUAGACAUUCUGCUCUUUUGGAGUUGGCUGGGCACUCAACUCUACAUGCUCUUUCACUAUCAAAGUCGUCAGGAAAGGAGAGAGUUAUAAUUUAGUCCUGGCAGUAAGUGUAUCGCUGCUGUGCCCCCUUGUGAGCUCUGGGCAUUGUAGGUCAGCAUUACCAAAUGGAUCUAAUCCAUCUGGUAACUGGUUUCUUAUUCAAGUAAUCCCAUUAGGG